AUGUGUCAACUCCCAGAUGAUAUUCUUGUUAACUUUAUAUCUCGCCUAACUGUUAAUGAAGCUGCAAGGACUAGUGUUCUUUCCAGUAGAUGGAAAUGUUUGUGGACUUGCAGCACCACUCUGAAUUUUGAAGACCCGCAAAAGCCGUUAUAUGUUUAUAAUCUUCGAAGAGCAUCAGAUGAAGAAAGGUGUAAGUACAUAGGUUGGGUAAAUAGAGUCUUGGAAUUGCGUGCAGACUCAAAUAUAAACGAGUUUAGAAUACGUUUUGAUCUGAAAGAUUUACAUAAAAGUGCCAUUAAUCAUUGGAUUUACACCGCCAUAGACAAGGGUGUUAAAAAGCUUGAGUUGAACUUGAAGCCAUAUAAUGAAGGAGUAUCAUAUAUAGACCAAUACACGUUCUCAGAAAAGUUUUUCAACAAACUCAAAACCAUUACUCAUUUUUUAUCAAGUGUUAAUGCUCUAAGAUCUCUGCGUUUAGAAGCUGUGAACAUUACCAAAGAAAUUCUUGAGUUUUUCAUUUACAACUGCCCAUUUCUGGAACAAUUACUUGUGGCAUACUCUUCAACUUUAUCAAGCUUAAAGGUUGUUGGUUCCUCAAUCCAACUCAAGUCCCUAGACAUCCAGUGUUGCCACUUACUUGAAGAGAUUGAAAUUUCUGCUCCAAGUCUUGUAUCAUUUAAAUACGUUGGAGGGGAGAUCAAAUUACAUCUUACCAAUGUUCCCCAACUUGUUGACGUAUGGAUUGGUGGUUCGGCUUUUUGUGUGGCUCGAAUAAGGAAUCUUAUGUACUCAAUAAAGAGCAUUCUCCCUCAGCUCAAAACUCUGGACUUGCAGAAAUACCGGUCGACCAUGGAGAGUAUUCAUGAUUUCUUACCUUGUACCUUGCCUAAACUAAGGCAAUUAACAAUUGAGAUUUUUGUUGGAAGUUCUGAUCGAAGCCUGAUUGGGUUGGUUUCUCACACAAUGAACGCAUGUCCUUAUCUGCAUAAACUAACAUUGAAGUUUCUACUUGUCCAUUUUAGCCGAAGAAAAGACAUAUAUCGGUAUGAGAAACGGCCUCAUCAACAUCUAAAGGUGGUGGAAUUGGUAGGGUUUUGUGGAUUUCCAGUGGAGCUUGAACUCGCCAUCAACUUACUUGAAAACGCCACACUACUUGAAAGAAUGAUAGUUGAACUUCCUUCUGCAGCAACAUGGUCGGAGAGAAUUAGAGAAUGCGCCGGAGAGAGUACAAAGAUGCUAACGGAUUAUAUACCUCCAGGGGUUGACCUUGUAACUCGUUAACUUAAUUAAGUCAAAGUUAAUGUUAAUUUUCAGAUUCAAGUUUAUUUGUACCUACUUAAAUCCAUUAAACUCGUUU